UUUCACCUUGUAUGUGUAGUGUUUGGGUUUGGUGUGGGCAGACUGCAGCGUGCUGAGCUGAGCUGAACGUGGUUAUGUUCAGUGUGGAAGUUUUAAUACAGUAAUUAAACUUCCCCUCGGCCGCUAUGAGGAGGUUAAUCUUGCCCGUAUCUGUGUUCGGCACUGUGUGCGGAUGCGCUGUUUUACUGAAGAAUCGUGUCACUGGAGGUCCAUGUCCGAGUAAAGCAAAGAUCACUGGGAAGACGGUGGUCAUAACUGGAGCCAAUGCGGGUAUUGGGAAGGAGACCGCCCGGGAGCUUGCCAAGCGAGGUGGCAGGAUUAUUAUGGGCUGUCGGGACAUGGAAAAAUGUGAAGCUACUGCACGUGAAAUCAGAGGGUCCACGCUGAACCCUCAUGUUUAUGCAAAACACAUUGACUUGGCUUCGGUGAAGUCGAUACGCAGCUUUGCUGAAAAGAUCAACCGAGAGGAGAAAAGAGUGGAUGUCCUGAUCAAUAAUGCUGCUGUGAUGAGGUGUCCUGCAGGAAAGACUGAAGAUGGGUUUGACACGCAGUUCGGAGUCAACUACCUCGGGCAUUUCCUCCUGACCAAUCUCUUGCUGGAUAAAUUGAAGGACUCCGCCCCCAGCAGGGUGAUUAACCUGUCAUCUGUAGUGCACAUUCUCGGGGAGAUUGAUUUUACGGACCUGAACUGGGACAGGAAGAAGUUUGACACCAAGAAAGCGUACUGUCAGAGCAAGCUUGCCAUCAUCCUCUUCACAAGAGAGCUCGCCCGCAGACUUGAGGGUACAGGAGUUACUGUAAAUGCUCUGCACCCUGGAGUUGUGGCCACAGACCUUGGUCGACACACUGGAAUGCACCAGUCUCAGUUGUCCAGCACUGUACUCAGUCCGUUUUUCUACCUAUUGAUAAAGUCAGCUGAACUUGGUGCACAACCCAGCGUCUAUCUGACUGUAGCAGAGGAGCUGGAGGGAGUUACUGGGUGCUACUAUGAUGUGAUGACUGAGAAAGAGCCUGCACCUCAGGCUCUGGACCAAGAAGUGUCAGUCAGACUCUGGGAUAUCAGUGCAUCAAUGGUCGGCCUAGAAACCACUGUUUCUGUGCCAGCCUCUUCAGAGGCAGCAAGGACAGUAAAACACAAUCUGCCUGCAGCAGCUGACAACAUGACAACUAUGACAACAUCAUGAACCUGACAAGAGGAACCAGGGAGACUGGAUGGUGCUGCAUUGGUUCAGUUGUAGUACGAAUGGAUGGACUCUACUGAUACCCAACUGGGAUUUUUGUUUGUUGGUCUAAUGCUGUGUUUAAGUGCUUAUCUGAAGGUUGUGUGUGUAAUUUACAAGUAAUACAAACUGUAUUUUUCAGUUUUUUACACCACUGAAGGCAGACUCAAGAUGUGUGUCUUAUCACAGGUGAGGGUCCGUUAAUGGAGCAUCAUCAUGAAAACUCUUUUUUGCUCCCUAUGGAAAAGACAAUUAAACUAGUUUUUACCAUUGGCUCAGUCUUUAGACUGGCCAACAUUUAUUAGGAAUGUCUCGACAAAAACAUGAGUACAGUUUGAUUCUGUGUGAGCAUGGAUGUAUUGUAUUACAAGAAUAUACUGAAAUCAUUUAAAUAAAUGAUAUAUUAAUUUUG